AUGCCCUACGUUCGACUGCCUGCCUCCGAGUUGUAUCGCAUUUCUUUGUUCCUGGGGCGGCCGUUGCCGGCUCCAUUGGAGUUUGCUCCUGCCACGCGCCUGUCGCUGUGUCUGUUCACGCCGUGGCGGCCACCGUCCACGCAGCAGGUGACGGCUAUUUUGGAGCGAAUGCGCGCCCGCCAAGAUUCGAACCAGCGUCCAGCAGGUGGCGGGAGCUGCCUUAGCAUCGCCUCGAAACUUAUCCCGCGUCUGCCCGCCUGCCAUGCCAGAGUUCCCCCAGCCCUCGUUGACGCACUCGCCGUCAUGCUAGGCUCCAAACCAUUCGACCCAACCACUGCCAGUCUGAGCACCAGACUCGAUACCACUCCGGCUGCCGCGACGACCCUGCCUACUGCAGUCGCGACAACGGCCGUGGGCCGGGGAGGUAAUCUGGGACCGGCAGCCACGCGGAUAUGUUCCUGUUCUGCCUGCGAGGAGUUGCGUGAACAUGUCUUCCAUUGGGAGUGGAAGUCUGUGGCACAACAUGUCGCCGUUGCCGACUGGCUAAGCAUGGUCCUAAGCAACGCUGCCUGCCGCCUCGGACACCUCGAUUGGGUCGACGGCAGCUCCCUCGUGGAAACACAGCGACUCCAGGACAAGGCGUGCAGACAGCACACUCCAACUCGGAGUCCAACUCGGAGUCCAACUCGGAGCCCAAGUCCGGAGCAAGGUGCGAUUCGAAACUGGGAUCUCCCGCACGACGGAGAUCUCCCUAACGACGGAGACCUCCGGCGCUGGUGGAAUCGUACCACGUCGCAUUCGCGCUUCCCGACACCGCCGCUCCGCAGCGACCCGCUCCGUCCUGCGCGGGUUCGAAUCCACCCCCGCCGCCCGCGACGGCCUCAAUUCCGUCCGGCCCAGGAGGCAGCGCUACCCCAAGACGACGGCUGGUACCCGGUCGCGGGGGUGCCGGCCGCAGAGAUUCCCGAAGGCGACCUGUCUGAGCCCGACCUCGAUGUCCCGCAAGAAGGCGACCGCCCGGGCGAUCACCCCAUGCCAGCGGACGAUGACCCCGCGCCGGGCCGGAGGUCGGGCUCGGAACCCGCGGUCGGAGGUUCGAUUCCGGAGGGUGCCGCGGCGGUGCUGGCGCGGGCGGCGGGGCGUUGGGCGGCGACGCCGUUGCCGGCCAUGGAUCGUGACUCGCAGUUGCGGGCGCAGCUGUACGAAGAGAUCCGUUUGGCGGCGGUAUGGCACCGGCGACGACGGCGGCGACGGGAUUCGAACCUACGGCUGCGGGUUCCAAGUCCGACGUCCGGUCCGACGGUCGGUCAGAAAGUUUUCUCGGAUUCGAACCGACGUCCGGCAGAUGCGGAGUCCGGGUCUGCAUUGGGUGAGACGAUGGCGGUGGCCUUUUUGACUCGCGCUAUGUCGGAUGUGGAACGCGGGUUGGAAUGUUUCCUGGCGCUGAACGCGGGCAGUUUGGAGUCCGUGCGUUUGGUGGGUCCUUUAUUUGCGGGGUUGUCGGCUACUCGACGACUGCCGAUUUUGCGGAGCUGGGCACCGCCUGGAUUCGAACCGGCGACCCAGCCAGUAUGCUCACGACGCAGUGCUAAAAGAUCAAACUCACUACCGGCAUCAAGCUCACGCAACCCACCUCUCCCCCGCACCGGUAAGUGGCUCAUGCCGCGUCUACGCACUCUCCGCUGCCCCCUUACACAGGCCGCACUCUUCCUAGCACCUUGUCUCCAGGCCGCACAACUCGAAGCCAAACCACAUAAACGAACACCUAUACUUCUUCGCACCUUCUUACUCACACACCGCCGUACACUCCGCGAACUCACCCUACUCCUCCACUACAAUGCAGAUGCGGACGGGUACAAUCCAGAUGCGGACGGGUACAGUCCAGAUGCGGACGGGUAUGGGGACCGAGACCGGCACCCGGACUGGGACCAAGGCCAGUACGACCAAGACUGGGACCGCAGGCCCGAAGCCGUGUUGCUGCCGCGGCUGCGCGUGCUCACGCUGGAAUUCAAGGGCCCCUUCGAGUGCAAAAGCGCCCGUUCGAAUCCCGGCGACGCCGCGGCGUCGCUGCCGGCAAUAACCGGUCCGCGGCUAGAAUGCUGCGUGCUGCGUCUGAACCAGGAACUGGUGCCGCUACCGCUGCCGCGGAGCCUGAAGCACCUAGUCGUCUCGCACUUCCCCGGCGUUUUUCCUUGCCAGCGUGCGCGCGACUGGGUGUUGGAUUCGAACCAGGAACCUGAGGCGCAGAAGGUGGCGGUGCAGAAGCUGGAGGUGCAGAAGCUGAGCCGGCCGCCUUUGUUAAAUUUGGAAGUGUUGUGCUGUUCGACAGCAGUGUUAGAACAGCUUUUGGGUACGGGUUCAAGUCCAGCGGAUGCAAUGCCGUAUUUGCGUUUCUGGCACGUCGCUGCGGCGGCGAGUGGGUCGGGUCGGGUUGUACGGGCGGUGUGCAACGCGCUCCCGAGUCUUCGGUCUCUGGCUGCGCGGCCGGAGCUGUUACUCGGACGUAGCCCGCUCGCGGCCGUCGACGGGAUUCGAGCCGCCGACUUCUCGCUCCCAUAUUUCAGAACGUUUCGACACGUGAGAGCGCUCGCGUUAACGCAGUGCCUGGCUGGGUGGCUGGGGCGAAGCGGGCCAGAGUUCGAGAGGUGGUUGAGUGCAUUGUUGAACACCUUCACACAGUUGCGAACUUUGGCGCUGGAUGUGCGCGAGUAUCCGCCGCGACUGAACCUAGUGCGGCUUGUGUGCGGUGUGGUGCGUACUUGUCCUGGUUUGCAGACGCUGACCCUCAUCACUGCCGCCGCGUUGCCCGACUUCGAAUUCGAGGUGGUGGGUUCGAAACCAAGGUCGCGGGACGAUACAGUUCUUAGACUGCAGAUAACAACUAACCAUGCAGUAUCAAGUUGUGAGGGAUGGACAUUGCAACCGCGACCUGCACCACGAUCAUUGGAAGCGGCGGAACUGGUGACGGAAGACGUGCUACCCCUAACGGCGCUCGCAGGGCAUACGGCUUGUCCUGUGUGUCAUGCACACUCGUGUGCACCCAACGACUGGGAAGAGGAAUACUUGCGCAAGCAUGUGUUCCACGUCAACCUCUACGACACCUACUAUCGCACAUUGGCCGUGGCGGACCUGAACCAGCUUUUAUCUUGA